AUGGCCCCAAACUCUCAGACCCACCACGACCCCGCCCCAAGCACCUUCGCAGCCGACAUCGCCGCCGAAGAGAAGAGCUACGAUGCCCUAAUGGCACAGGCCAAGAGCUCGCUAGCGCGUAUCAAGGAGCUCGGCGCCGAAAUCGAACAAGUGCGGGAGUCGCAGAACUCCGGUGAAGCUCGAAGAACGGCAGUGUUGUCACAGAUCGAGUCUCUGAAUAGAGUAAAUGGCACGUUUGAGCACCAGGACUCACAGAUGGAGGGGAGCGAUCAUAUCGAAGUGAGAAAUGGAAGCGAAGGGGAUUGGCAUGACACGAUGGGGGACGCUACUGAGAUGGAGGUUGAUACAAUCGUGGAAGAAGAUGGAAGUUUUCCGGAGCUGAUGGAAAAGGCGAAAAGGCUGUUGGCAAGGAUAUCGAUGAAUGAGAAUGAGAAUGAGAAAGAAGUCGAGGUUGAAGCACAGGCUAGACAUGAGAGAGCUUAUGCCGACCUAUGGAAUCCCGUGUAG